AUCGCCAUUGGACGGUUCUUCAAUAAGCUGGACGACUUGACAGUGGUGAAAAGCACCUCCGUCAAUGCGCUCGGUUUUUUCCUGUCGACUAUUAUCUGGACUACAUUUGCAAAGCCGUGUUUUGGACUGCUUUCGACGCCGAAAUUGGAGUGGCCAAAAGGCGCAUUCGGACGUCGACUGAGUUGCAGUGAGCGCGCAGGAGAACAAUGAGGUCCAUUGUCUUCACGCAGCCACGGCAAAGGUGCGUGCUGCUCGUUCUUCUUUUCCUCCUCUCUUCCGUUCAUCAAAUAGCCACCUCCGUGACCCAUUAUUCCAUACCGGAGGAAAUGAAAGAGGGAUCGGUUGUUGCCAACCUCGCUGCCGAUCUGGGAUUGGAUGUGAAAACGCUGAAGCAGAGGAAGAUGCGUCUCGACAUUAUUUCAAACAAAAAAUAUCUGGAGGUCAACAAAGACAGCGGGGAGCUCUUCAUCGUGGAGAAGAUUGACAGGGAACACAUAUGCACGACAAAGUCGUCAGCCUCAUGUUAUCUGAGACUUGAAGUGAUUCUGGAAAACCCGUUAAGAAUUUUUAACAUCGAAGUUGAAAUCAUGGACAUGAACGACAACGCCCCUCAAUUCCGGAGAGACGCCAUUCAUUUGGACAUUUCCGAAUCGACAUCAAAAGGCGAGAGAUUCUCUCUCAGCAAUGCAGUUGAUCCGGACGUUGGAAGUAAUACAGUGAAAACAUAUCAUCUGAGUGAAAGUGAGCAUUUUAAUAUCGAGGUUCAGACGGGGAGGGAAGGAACAAAACUCGCAGAUUUGAUAUUAAAGAAGACAUUAGACCGGGAGCAGCAGGCUGUGCACAAUUUAAUACUGACGGCAGUAGAUGGCGGUGCGCCCCCGCGUUCUGGCACAGCGAGUAUUAUUGUUCAUGUUUUAGACAACAACGAUAACGCCCCUUUGUUUGACAAGUCUGUCUACAGUGUCAAAAUAAUGGAAAAUUCUCCUAUUGGAAGCCUGGUUAUUGAUCUAAAUGCUACCGACUUGGAUGAGGGCUCCAAUUCGGAUUUAACAUAUUCAUACAGUUUAUACACACCUGAGAAAACACAAGAGACUUUUCAUUUAAAUCCUUCGACGGGUGAGAUUACUGUGAAGGGAAUGUUGAAUUACGAAGACUUUCGGAUUUAUGAUAUGGAAGUCAUAGCAGCAGACAAAGGAGUCAAUCGUUUAUCAGGCCAGUGUACAAUCAAAAUUCAAGUCCAGGACAUGAACGACAACCACCCCGAAAUAUCGAUCAAGUCUUUCCAAAGUCCGGUCGGUGAGAAUAUCGCUGUGGACACGGUGAUAGCAGUGGUCAGCGUGAGCGAUAAGGACUCGGGCGACAACGGACUGGUGGAUCUUCACAUUCCACCAGAUACGCCUUUCCGACUGAGGGAGUCCUCCGACAACUAUUACCAGUUAGUGGUUUCGGAGCCCUUGGACCGCGAGAAGGUUGCGGAAUACGACAUCACCUUCACGGUGACGGACAGAGGCUCGCCCCCGUUAAGCGACAACGAAACCGUGACCUUACAGCUGCUGGACGUGAACGACAACGUGCCGCGCUUCCCUCAGUCCUUCUAUAGCAUCCGCGUGCCGGAGAAUAACGCUCCCGGCGCGUUGCUCACUUCCCUCAGCGCCUUCGACCCCGACCUCCACGAGAACCAGUACCUGGUUUACUUCAUUGUGGAGAAGGAGAUCGCCAACACCUCCAUGUCCAUGCUGUUCUCCAUCAACCCGGAGAACGGCAACCUUUACGCGCUCAAGACCUUCGACUACGAGAUGGAGAAGGACUUUCUUUUCCACAUCGAGGCCAGAGACUCGGGUUCUCCUCCGCUCAGCAGCAACGCGAGCGUCCGCGUGGCGGUGGCCGAUCAGAACGACAACGCUCCGGUCAUCGUUUCUCCGUGGCGGGCGCACGGCUCGGCGGUGGAGGAGAAGAUCCCCAGAUCCACGGAUAAAGGCUCUCUGGUGGCCAAGGUGAUCGCCUUGGAUGGGGAUUCCGUGCACAACUCUCGCAUCACCUACCAGUUCCUGCAGGUGAGCGACGCCUCCUUGUUCAGUCUGGACCAGUACAACGGCGAGAUCCGCACCACCAGGAUGUUCAGUUACAAAGACUGGCGCCACCAGAGACUGGUGGUGGUCGCCAAGGACAACGGGGAGCCCGCUCUCUCCGCCACGGUCACCAUCAAGCUGUCCACGGUGGAAACGGCCGCCAAGGCCUACUCGGACGGCGGCGAGGCGCCUCCGGAAUACGACAUCUUCUCCGACCUCAACCUGUAUUUGCUCAUCGGUCUGGGCUCGGUGUCCUUCCUGCUGCUCAUCACCAUCUCGGUCACCGUCGUGCUCAAGUGUCAGAAGGUCAAGCCCGGCAAUAUGGCUCCUCCCUGCAGGAACAGCGUGAUCAGCGAGAGGAACUCCACCGUGGCGGAUUCCACUCUGGUGUCCAACGACGCCUACUGGUACAGUCUGUUUCUAGCCGAGACCAGGAAAGGAAAGCUGGUGGUCAGGCAGCCCGUGCCCAAGGGCUCCAGAUACUUCGUGUCCAGUAUUCCCAGGAGCGCGGCCGGGUCCGCCACCAGCGACUCCGCCCCCUCCACCUUGCAGGUAUGCCUCAACUGCAUACAUUUUGUCAGUGGAAGAUUUAGUUGAAAUGUUAAAUGGUUGACUUGUCUAGAGCUUCACCAUGGUAGUUUCAUAACGUGGCACUUAAAAUUCCUUCUCCUUUCAAUGCGACGUACAUUUGAUCAUUGACCUCCACACGAAACUCGUCAAAUAUGUGAACGCAGCAAACAUACAGUUUGAGUGACACCCCAAAGUGAUGCGUUACCUUCUCUGUUCUGAGAAGACCAUGAGGUCCAUUCGCGCCUUGCUCAAGGGCACCUCACUGAGUUUUAGCCAUUCACUCAUGUCUUUACGGUGGAUAUAAAAAGUCGAUACACCCCUGUUCUCAUGUCAGGUUUUUGUGAUUUAUUCAAUAUGAGACCAAGACAGAUACACUUUAUUGCCAAAGGUAUUCGCUCACCUGCCAUAUAUGAAUUUAAGUGACAUCCCAUUCUUAAUCCAUAGGUUUUCAUUUGACAUCAGUCCACCCUCUGCAGUUAUAGCAUCUUAAACUCUUCCUGAAAAGCUUUCCACAAGGUUUUGGAGUGUGGUUUUGGGUAUUUAUGACAAUUUUUCCAGCCGCGCAUUUGUGAGUUUACACACUGAUGUUGGACAAGAAGGCUUGGCUCUCAGUCUUCACUGUAAUUCAUCCAAAAGUGUUCUAUCGGGUUGAGGUCAGGAUUGUGCAGGCCAGUCAAGUUCAUCUUCAUCAAACUCUCUCAUCCGGGUCUUUAUGAACCUCGAUUUGUCCACUGAUGCACAGUCGUGUUGGAACAGCAAGGGGCCGUCUCCAAAGUGGUGCCACAAAGUUGGAAAUGUCCAAAAUAUUAACUCCUGAGUUCCAGUGAAAGGAACUGUGAAUGCUUCCGCAUACUGAGAGGCUUUGGAUAGUCAAAUAGUUUGGGGAUUAUCCCUUCCUGUUCCAACACGUCUGUGCACCAGUGCCCAAAGCAAGGUCCAUCAAGACACGGAUGAGAUAUUUUGGGAUGGAUAAACUUGACUGGCCU